AUGACAACAUUCAUCAAAAACAUAGGCAAUUAAUAGAUCGAAGAAAAAUUGAUCAGCAUAUAAUGCUUGAUCCAAUAAACAGAUUAAAUUAAAUAUAGGAUUACGAAAAUAAGAAAAUAGAUUUUAGAUUAGGUAAAUUUAAUGGUUCUGGAGCAUAAGGUGAAAUUUAUAAAGCAAUCAAUAUGGACACAUAAGUAGUGUUAUAUCACAUAAAAAACAGUAAAAAUUAAAUGUCAGAUGUAUCAACUUAAUAAGGUUGAAUUAUAAUUUUUCUAAAUCCUUUAACACAAGAAUAUCAUAAAAUAAAUUUCUCAUGAAAGUAUGAAAGUGCAUUCUAAUAGAUUAGAAAUAUGUGGCUAUGGAUAUAUGUUAUUAUAAAUAUAUGGAUCUGUUUCAUAAUUAAUAAAUAUUUUGGUCCUAUUAAAGAAUAGUCUAUCAUAAGUUAUACUCAAUGUUAGAGUAUUUGUAUAAAAAAGGGAUAUUGCAUUUAGAUCUAAAAUUAAGUAACAUAUAAUUGGAUUCUAAUAGAUAAGUAAAAAUUUCAGAUUUUGGAUGUAGCAGAUAAAAUAAAGAAAAUUUAUUUUAAAGUAUUUUAUAAGGGAGUGUAUGUGAAUUAGUUUGAUAAGAAAAGAUUGGACCAGCUUCAGAUAUAAGAUCUUUUGGUAGUUUAAUUUUAGAAAUUAUAACAGGUAGACUUUCAUUGAG